GUUCACGGCGGGAGAGUCACGCGUUUUCUCGAUCGUCCAAUAUCCUAAAAAUUUUCAUACGCUCGUUUAUUUGCUUUUCUGUUCUACGCCCAAAUUCACCACCGUGCGAGAACUAGCCUCUCUUUGGCGUUGCUUUUGAAUCUUGAGACAAACCCUUCCGAGAAACCGUUCACGAUGGCUUCAAUCGCCAAGGCUCUUGCCGUCUUGGCCCUCAGCCUUGGCUUCAGCCUCCGCGUAUCCGCUACAGGCUCCCACGGCGGUAAUCUCGAUUUCUACUCUGACGACAAGUGCCAAGACCGCAUCCAGGCCGAAGUUGCGCCCAUCCCACUCGACGUCUGCAUGCCAGCCUCGCCGCUGGGCUCCUUAUCGAGGAGCUUCCGCGUUUCCCAGAAGCCUUAUUGUGCCGACGGCACCACCAGACCGUCGCUGCUCUUCUUCCAGGACUGCGCCUGCACGGACGGCAUCGCAAACUACAUCCCCGACGCCCUCUACGGCGACUACGGCAACGGCUCGUGCAAUGCGCUCUGGGGCGGCGAGUAUCUCAUGUUUGCGCUGUCGUGCGGCGAGUUCAAGGCCCCCGUGCGGUCUGUGAUUUCCUUUGCGGCGACGUUUCCCGCUCCAUCGCUGACUACGACAAAGCCGGUUGGGUGUCCCCCAUUGGGUAGCGGGACGUCUGAAGCUACAGCUACAGCUUCUCCUGGCGAUGGUAAUGGUAAAGGUGGUGCAACGGCAGUUGCUGGAGGUACGACAGCAGCACCGACAGUGGAUGGAAGUUCCUCUGAUGGUCUUCCCUUUCUUCCUACGCUGACGGGGGCGAUACCUAAAACUGGUCACGCUACGAGCGCAAGUUCGCAAACAGCUGCAGCGGCGACGACGACGACUUCAUCUGCCGCCAUUGGGCGAUACGACGAGGUAGGCAUGAUACAUUGGACGGGCUUGACGGCUGUCUUUGGUGUCGUUUCGUUUCUAACUCUAUAAACUAAACGAUGAUGGCGAUGAAAAAGAGCGCCCAUGUAUGAUUGCGCCGCAAUUAGAGGAUAUAGUGAGGUGGGUGCAAUGGAUACAACGGUGUAUCAUAGUUUG